AUGGAAAAGAUCAAGGAGCAGCUUGCACGUGUGGGCAUCACCAAGAAAGAGGCAUCACCCGCCGUCAGUCUACCCAGUGAGGAUGCCUUGGCCGAGAUUCGCAAGGUAUAUGACGAAGCUGGCCAGGGUCAUGUAUUUCAGUUCUGGGAGCAGCUCGACAAGAAGCAGCAGUCUGGUCUGUAUGACCAAGCCUGCUUGAUUGACCCGGCGCAUUCUAAUGGCAUAUUCACCGAGGCGACAAAGUCCUCCGAGGAGCAGGAGGAAGCCGGCGCGCUUCAGCCAUUACCAAAGGACACAUUUACAGUACUAAAAGAUGAAGGCGAAGCUGAUAUAAAAUGUUGGUAUGAGUCCGGCUUGCAGCUGAUCGCACAAGGCAAAGUCGCUGCAAUAGUCAUGGCCGGUGGCCAAGGCACGCGUCUGGGGUCGUCAGAGCCGAAGGGUUGCUUUGACAUCGGCCUUCCGUCAAAGAAGAGCUUGUUUCAGCUACAAGCUGAAAGAAUCGCUCGUCUUCGGCAACUUGCAAGGCGCCAUGCAGAACUCGACGCCUUGCCGCCCCUCUACUGGUACAUCAUGACAAGUCAGCCAACCAGAGGCGCAACCAUGGCAUUUUUCCAAACUCACAACUAUUUCGGGCUGGACCCUGAUCAAGUCAAGUUCUUUGAUCAAGGGACACUACCUUGCUUUGACAUGGACGGAAAGAUACUGCUGGAUCGGCAGGACCUCAUCGCAGAAUCACCCGACGGCAAUGGCGGCCUAUAUAAGGCCUUAGUGACAGGCGGAAUUGUUGAGCAUGCCGAGAAGCACUCAGUAGAGCACUUUCACGUGUACUGCGUAGACAAUUGUCUCAUCAAAGUGGCAGAUCCUCUAUUCAUCGGGUGGGCUGCGGACAAAGACUUUCAGAUCGCCACCAAAAGCGUCGAGAAGAAGGACCCAAGCGAGUCAGUUGGUCUCAUCGUGGCUCAAGGUAGCAAGCCCAGUGUUGUGGAGUACUCGGAGAUUGAGGAGUCCUUGACAAAGGAGAAGGAUGCUUCAGGCUCUCUCAAGUAUCGAGCGGCAAACAUUGUGCAGCACUACUUCAACAGGACCCUAAUUGAAUUUGCAGCCGCUUGGUCGAUGGACUUGCCCCACCAUGUUGCCAAGAAAAAGAUCGUUCACGUCAACGCCAAUGGUGAGACUGAGAAGCCAAGCAGCCCGAAUGGCAUCAAAUUGGAGCAGUUCGUUUUUGAUGUCUUUGACCAUUGCUCCCUGGAGAAGUUCGGUUGUCUCGAAGUUUCGCGAGAGGACGAGUUCUCACCUCUGAAGAACCCUAGUGGCGACGACUCUCCUGCUUCCUCAAAGCGUGCCUUGAUGCAACAAGGUGCACGCUGGAUCCGCGCAGCUGGAGGCGUUACUGAAGAUGACGGCAGCGAAAAUGGCGCUAUCGGCGUGGAGGUCAGUCCUUUGAUCAGCUACGCUGGCGAGGGCUUAAGUGCUCAUGUUGAAGGCGAGCGUCUUCUCGGCCAAGCCUAUCUCGAACGACAGAAAGCUUGA